UCGGUCCACUACACGCAAAGAUUCAGGGGUUGUCAUACACAGGUAGCAUUCACUGUUGUAUCAAUGAACCGAACAAGCACAGUAUGAGGGGCAGAGAAUUGGAGAAAAUUGAUGACAUACGGAGAUGUGGGGUGACAGGCUGUCACUUGGCUUCCUCCUCCUAUUUUAAACAGGAUCCUAACAUAUUUCGUAAGGAUGCCACAGGAAUACUGAUACGAAGUGUACUUAGUUUGAAAUUGGUUUCGUCUAGAGCGAGCCUCACUAUUUUACUCUGGACCUGAGCGUAGUCAUAUGUUCUAUUCGACCAUCGCCGGUCUUCUAUAUAUUGCUUCUUACCGAUCGACUACCUACCCUCGAAUUCCGGCAUUAUGCCUCCUUCACUAACAACCCAAAUCACACAGAUCGAAGGUGUAAGGCUAGUAGGAGCCAAUGAUACAGAAUGGGAUAUUAGCAUCAAAUAUCCCGAAAAGUCAGCAAAAGGCACAAUCACCGCAAUCAACCCCCACCGCAGCUGCAACUCAUCACCAGACGAUGAUAACACCUCUCCCCUGGCCCUUCCAGCAUUGACCCAUCCUCACAUUCACCUCGAUAAGGCCUAUGUUCACAGCGCUCGCGAAUAUGCACAUCUUCUUCCAUCGGAAGGCUCCUUCCAGGAAGCGCUGUCCUUCACAGCCCAGGCCAAGAAACAGUUCAACCAGGCCGAUCUCCUGAAAAGAGGCGAAUGGCUUCUUGCGGAGUCGGUUUCUGCUGGCGUUACAGCAAUGAGGGCGUUUGUGGAGGUUGAUCACACGGUCAGACUGACUUGUCUGGAAGCUGGUCUCAAACUCAAAGACCAAUGGAAAGAAUGCUGCGAGGUUCAGAUCGUCUGCUUCGCUCAGGACCCCAUCUUUUCCAGCGAAUAUGGUGAUGAAAAUCGCAGUUUGAUCGAGGAGGCCCUCCAACGUUAUCCACAGAUAGAUGUCAUCGGAACGACACCCUACGUUGAGUCGAUUACAGACGCUGCGAGACGAAACAUUGACUGGGCGAUCGAAACCGCCCUCAAGCUGGACAAGCAUGUCGACUUCCAUCUAGACUACAGCCUAGAUAGCAGCAAGGAAGCUCUAGUGUGGUAUGUUCUGCAAGCACUUCAGCGCAAUAACUGGACGAGCCAGUCAAGUAGCAGAAAGGUCAUGUUGGGGCAUUGCACCCGCCUGACCCUCUUCACUGAUGAAGAAUGGUCGGCUUUGGCCAAAGAAAUUCGUAACAAUGACCUUCCUGUGAGUUUCGUCGGUCUACCAACCAGCGACAUGUACAUGGCCUCGCCGUAUCCCGCAGCCAAUGCUCCUCACAAUCGGCCAAGAGGCACCCUGCAUGUCCUUAAGAUGAUACGCGAGCAUGGUCUAGAUGCUAUUGUCGGAGUCAAUAAUGUCGGAAACGCGUUCACACCCUGGGGCUCUGCAGACCCCCUGUCCCUUGCUUGUCUAGGCGUGGGCAUCUACCAGGCCGGAACGCAGAAAGAUGCAGAAUUGUUGUGCGAAUGUGUGUCCACGCGUGCCCGUGCUGCAAUCGGAUUACUGGGCAGCCGGGGCGGAUCGGGAUUGAUGCUCAAGGAAGGAGAUCAACCUGACCUAGUCUUGCUCCACAAUGUGGAUGACACCGGAUGCAAUGUAUCAAGGCCUUGGAAAAGUGUAGCAGAGGUUGUGUGGGAUCCGCCGGCAAGGGCGAGCAGGCAUACCAUCUCCAAUGGCCGUCUGAAACUGCCAUCAUAUCCUAUGCAACCGGGGACAGCACGCUAUGCUUUCAAGGAUAGCGACGCUUGACGUAUUGAAGAAAGCGAGUAGACGCUCGGGCCAUUGUUUGCCUGACGACUGUAAAUACAGAUAGUGGCUGAAUAACGCCCCUCAUGAAUGUUUCUA